GUCUCUCUAGAUCAGCAUUGUGAACUUUUGCCUUCAUUCCUCUACCCAAAACAUCAACCUCUCACAUCACACCUGCAUUCGCACUCCCAACCAUGUACUCUUCCUUUUCUCCAACAAACCCCACAACACCGACAGACCGAUCCCUCGACCAAGAACUCCGACUCUACACAACCAACAAAGACCGCGAAAAAUACGACAACAUGGCUGAUUUAUACGGUAUACUCGUCGCGACAGAGUACUUGGAACGAGCCUACAUUCGGGAUGCCAUCUCAGCCCAAGAGUAUACACCGGCAUGCCUGAAAUUGAUUGCACAAUACAAGACGGCUUUGAAUCUUGUUUCGGAUGUUGUGCCGGAUAUUAAUGCUUUUAUCAAGGGGUACAAGUUGUCGUGUCCGGCGGCUACGAAACGGUUAUUGGAGGUGGGUGUACCAGCGACAGUAGAGCAUGCUUCUGUGGAAGGUUCUAGUGGAGCUAAACACGUUGCCGAGACCGUUCAAGUGUUUAUUACGUUAAUGGACUCGUUGAAAUUGAAUUACGUCGCAGUGGAUCAAAUACAUCCGCAAUUGAGUGAUUUGAUUCAGAGUUUGAAUAAAGUAUCGACGUUGCCUGGGGAUUAUGUUGGCAAAGUCAAGAUUCGGGAUUGGUUGAUUACGUUGAAUAAAAUGAAAGCGUCAGAUGAGAUUACUCAAGAUCAAGUCCGGCAGUUACUUUUUGAUUUAGAGAGUGCCUUGACGGAAUUUCAUCGAUCGUUAUCCAAAUGAGAUUUUUAUUUUAUUUGUUUACACUUUUAUACCCUUUUAUGUUUUUUGAAUAUGUGAGUUGAAGGGUUUGGGUUUUUGUGUGUUUGGAACUAGGCCUUUUGUUGCCCUUUACAAAACAUUGAAUAUAUAUUUCGCAAACCGUC